AUGGGCGGCGGCUCCGAAUCCAACGGCAUGACUACUACUCCACCAUCCGCAAUGUUGCCGCCACCGCCAGCGAUCCGAUCGCCGUGGCACUCUCCGGUGCCGUACCUGUUCGGAGGGCUGGCGGCGAUGCUGGGCCUGAUUGCCUUCGCCUUGCUCAUCUUGGCCUGCUCUUACUGGAGGAUUUCCAGCCGCCGUCAACGGGGCGGCGGGGACAUCGAGAGCGGGGGCGAGAAAGAAGGGAAGCCGGUGGAGAGUAAGGUUUUCGAGGAGAAGUUUCUGGUGAUUAUGGCUGGAGACAACCAGCCCACUUUCCUGGCUACCCCUGCUUCGAACAGAGCUGGUGUUUGUGGAUGCGGUGACGGCGCCAGAGCCGUGGAUAGUGAUGGAGCGGAGAUGGGUAAUGAGGGGAAAGUGAAACAGGGGUUUUACGAACACGGAGAACCAACGACCGCAGCGGCGGAAGAGGGAACGGAGGAAGGGAACGGUGGACAGGAGACGCCGGAGACGCAACAGCAAAUGGAGGAUCGGAAUUGA